AUGUAUGAAAUAAGUAAUCAAACUCUUUGUCCUUCUCAUUCCGACGGACUACAUAACAAAUCAUGUUUAGACAGAACUUGCUUGGGUUGUGGUGUUCAGAAAGUGCACUUGCACCCCGAGGAACUAAGAACUGACGACGCGUCCCCUGAUGUUUCUUGGGAGUGUUUUGAUUAUGUAAACAUUAAGUCAAAAAGAGGCGAAACCAAGAAACUGAUGCUAGUGAAAAAGGUUACAAAGCCUGCCGAACUUUUCCAAUAUAUGAUUAAGCUUCUCGAAAAAUUUCCAAUGCAUAAUAUGGGGGCUCAAUGGCAAGUCCAACAAUUGAGAAAUUUGGUUCAGAAUUUACCUCAAAAUCAUUGCGUUACAAUUCACGACUUUUCCGAAAAUUAUCGUUGUAGUGAAAGGAACGAAAUACAAUCAAAUUAUUUUCAAAAAACGGAAGUCUCCAUUCAUGUAACCAUACUUCACAGGCAUGCUAUCCUUGAAUUAGACGGUUUGGAAAGUACUACGGAAAAACCAGAAAUAGUUACGGAACACUUUUAUGUCAUAUCUCCUGAUGAGAAGCAUGAUCAACAUUUUACCCAUUAUUGUCAAAAAAUUAUUUCUGACUACCUAAAGUCCAUUUCGUACGAGGUCAAAACAAUGCAUGAAUUUUGCGAUGGUUGUGCUGCACAAUAUAAAAGUCGCCAUUGUUUCGGCGACUUAUCAGAUUCUCUUUCAGAAUUUUGUUAUCAAAAGUUAAUUAGAAAUUUUUUUGAAACCAGCCACGCAAAGGGCCCACAAGAUGCAGCGGGAGGAUUUUUAAAAAAUCAGGCUGAUCUUGCCGUCAUUAGGGGUAUCUGCAUCAUACAAGAUGCGAAAGGCCUCUAUUUGUUUGCAAAAGAAAAACUUGAAACUCCCAAGGACUCUUCAAAUAUUCGACGAAGGAUUUUUGAAUAUGUAGAAGAAAUUCCUAGAGAAAAAGCAAGGUUAUAUAAACCUUUGCCGGGAAUCAGAUCUGUUCAUCAGCUCGUGUCAGUUAUUUCUGGUGAAAACUACAUUCGUCCCCUAUCUUGUUACAAUUGCGAAGAUUGCAUUGAGGGCAAUUCUGAGUAAUGCGAUCUCAGUAACAGUUUAGGCAAUGCAACACUAAUUUAUUUCACAAAAGAAGGCUCGGAUAAUGACACAUCAGACCCAGAGAACGAAACAUCGGAAUCACAAAUAUUAUCAAAUUUAAUUACAAAAGACUGUAUAUUUCCGGUACUUUGUGACGAUAAUGUAAAUGAUUAUUAUGUAAUGAAAGAAAGUUCAAAAUCAGUUGUUCUACAAAAAGAUGACAAUGACAGGUGGGGAGCUGCUUACAGAAGAGGUACACAGGUUAUCCGAGGCCAUUACUUCGAAAAAUCUCCUGAAACGCCUUUGAAAUACAAACUAAUAAAACGCAAACCGGCGAUUGUA